GGGGCGUCCGGACUGGAGCGACGCCCAGAGGCCCGGCGAGGACUGAGCCCUGGAGCGCCCGGGUUGGGAAACUGCGCCCCCGCCCCGUUUCUGCGAGAGAGCUCGACGAGAGAGCCCGUGUCUGGUCCCCGCGCGGAGGGUGCCGCUCGCCCAGCCGGGAUCUUCCGCAGGAUCAGAACCACCUUUUAAGGAGGUCGAGGAUUUUCGCUCCGGAUCUGCUCCUGCGGGGCCUGCGGAGUUCGCUGCUAUGGACCUAAAAAGCCCAGCGACACUGGAGCCCAUCUCAAACAGCACAAUACAGCCUUCUGUGCCACGGCCACUGAAGACUUUGUACAGGGGUGAACCAAUGGCCCUGGGGAUCACACAGAUCGGCAUCGGCAUCAUGGAAAUAGCUUUUGGGCUGGUGAUCACCAUGACAGAACAGAUUAACAAAUUCGAGUAUGGUGAAGCACAUCUCGCAACCCCAUAUUGGACUGGAAUCCUGGUGAAAGGCAUGCUGGGAAUGAAUGUUGUGAGCGCCAUGGCAGCUGGCGUUGCGAUUGCGAUAGUCACCAUUUCACUAAUCUUCACGAGCCACCUCUCUCCGUGUGAUGGAUCUUACGACAGCAACACGCCUAUAAUGUGCCAGGAAUCCACCAGGGUCCUUAGCGUUCAGUUACACUACGUGUCUACCGUUCUCGUGUUGUUUACAGCCCUGGAGUUCCUCAUCGCCAUUGUCACUGCUUCCUUUGGAUGUGCCAGUUUGUGUCGGAGUACCUACAGUGAAACGACUGUAGUGAUUUUUCAGAACACAGCCCAGGGGACCCCGCCUGCUGUCCUGACGCCGGUCAAGGAGGAUGAGGUGCCGUGAACGCCCAUGGCCUCCUUCAUCCAGAAUCACAACUAUUUUUUACUCCUCUUUGGAAAAGGGCUGAUCGCACAGCAUGACUUUCCUGGCAGAGGGUUUGCUGAUCAACUUUUUAAAAAAGUUAUUGCUAUGUGUGGUAAAUAAACCGGGAAACUGGCUGGAUUUGGUAUUUUCUUUGCUGUUUAUUUAGGUUUCCAGUUUCCAUUCCCUUUCAUUCUUUUCUUUCUUGCUCUGCUCCUCUGACCUACAGGUACUCAGGGCUCUGAGUAGUACCAACCAACCAGGAAUAAAGGGAAGAAUUCAAGCCAGAGAGGAUCCGCUGUACCAUAUUAGAGAAGAUGUCUACUUGUCACAGGCUGCUUGAACUCUAAUGGCAAGGAAUUUAUCUAAGAAAAUAAUAUUUGCUGGCCUAGAAUCUAUUACAAAUUCAUUCACUAAAAUAUCUAGGGGAAGCUCCUUUGGCUGGCACAUAAGUGGUCUGAUCCAUUUCUCUCUAGCCUCCUUAUACUACAGACAUUUAAACAGAACAUGCUUCAGAGUUUCUAUGGUCCCUAAGCCACAACUGCAUUAUCGAUCGAAAGCGGUUUACCUAACUGUAGACGGUAAUGCACUCAGUCUUGCAGAGACUGCAGACGGUACCACAUUUAAUCUUGUGAGCGUAAUUGCUCAGCUGUAUCUGGGAGCAGCGAAGUUAGACAAGUAUUUUGGGAUUGUGAAGACUGGUGGGAUUCUUAUAUGGAGAGUAGAGCAAGUGUGGCCCUUUACAUUUCUGUUAUAUUGCAGGGAUGGCCAGACUGCAGCUCAGGAGACGAAUGCGGCUCUUUCACACAUAUUGUGUGUGGCUCCCGGCAGGGCCACUGGGGGAAGGGGAAGC